AUGGCGGAUGCCAAUGAUAAGGGCGAUCCUGAAAAGGGCAACACUGGGCCAGGCAGGGCUGCAAAGCGUCGAAUCCGAUAUUUUGACGACGAGAUUCAACCUGUUGAUUCUUCUCCUGCAAACUAUAAUGGCAAACUCAAACGAAAGGGGUCGACCUACUCCAUCCACUCCUUGUCCAGCAUAAGGAGUGGCCAACGGGUGGUCGAACCUGCCGCUGCACUUCCUGUCUUGUACCGUACUCUGAGUAUAGAUAUGGAACGUACGCAGGGGAAAUAUAAUGUGGCCAUGGAGAAAAAAGAAGCUGGCAACAAGGCUAUUGCAGGUAAGUUUACUGACCAAGCUAUUAUAAUAGACUUGGGAGAUCUCGAGUGGCACAUUAUACCCGUCCAAGAAGUUACCGAACGGCUAGAUACAUCCAUUGAAACUGGUCUCUCAGCUCAAGGAGUCAGGGAUAAAGCUGCAGAAUUUGGUGCCAACACUCCAACUCCACCAAAAUCUCAACUAUUCCAGAAGAUAUUUUUCUAUCUCUAUGGAGGCUUUGGUUCAAUUCUAUUCGGUGGAAGCAUUCUUGUCUUUAUUUCUUGGAAGCCACUUGGCGAACCGGCUCCUGCAGUGGCCAACUUGGCUUUGGGAAUCGUCCUGGCCAUUGUGUGGUUAGCACAAGCCGCUUUUAAUGCCUGGCAAGAUUUCUCUUCAUCCAGGGUGAUGAAGAGCAUCACUGGCAUGCUUCCAGAGGAUUGCAGUGUUCUGCGCGAUGGAAGCAGGAUAUUGGUUCCGGCAUCUCAAGUCGUCCCAGGAGACCUUCUUUAUUUCAGUGCUGGCAAUAAGCUGCCUGCUGAUAUUCGAUUCGUCAAUGUUUCCACUGAUGCCAAAUUCGACAGAAGCAUCCUGACGGGUGAAUCUGAUCCUCUGUCUGCGGUCACUGAGUCUACGGAGAAGAACUAUCUCGAAACCAGAUGUAUUGGAAUGCAGGGUACUCAUUGUACCUCUGGAAGUGGUGUGGGUAUCGUUGUCGCUACCGGUGACAAUACGGUUUUUGGUCAUAUUGCGAAACUGACCAACAAACCCAAGUCUGGUCAAACUCCGUUGCAAAAAGAAAUCUUUAGAUUCGUUAUCAUCAUCGCAACCUUGAUGGUAUUAAUGGUUGUGGUGAUUGUUGCUCUGUGGGCCGGUUUUAUUCGUCACAAGUAUCCUGAUUAUAUCUCGGUCUCAACUUUGAUCGUGGACUGUGUCAGUGUGGCUAUUGCCUUUAUCCCAGAAGGUCUGCCAAUCGCUUUGACCGCUUCACUCACCAUUACUGCGGGCAUUAUGAAGAAGAAUAAUAUCCUCUGCAAAUCUCUGAAGACAGUUGAGACCCUGGGAACUGUUUCAGUACUACUCUCGGAUAAGACAGGUACUCUGACCAAGAACCAAAUGGCUGUGACCGACUGCCUUAUUGGUUCCAGCGCCUUGACUGUCACGGAAGCCAUACAGCAAAUUGCAGAGGAAUCUCCUUCACGUAAAAAGACCGCUCUCAAGCAACUCCGAGUCACUUCUGCAGUGUGCAAUGCUGGAGAGUUUGACCCCACAACUAUCCAUCUCCCCAUCCACGAGAGGAAGAUUCUCGCCGAUGCGACAGAUCAAGCUAUUCUUCGCUUAUCAGAAUCGUUGGGCCCCGUCACCAAGUCUCGCGGAUUAUGGAAUAAACGGUUUGACCUCGCAUUCAACUCGAAGAACAAGUUCGCCUUGCGCGUCAGCUCUCCUAGCAGUCAAUCUUCACUGGAGUCUACGCUCUCUGCUUCUGAAAUCAAUGGCUUUGAUGUUCAAAAGGAUUAUAUCCUGAUGAUCAAGGGUGCACCAGAUAUUCUUCUCUCUCGAUGCAUAAAGUAUGUUGGCGAGGAUGGCGAGGUGCACAAUCUUGACGAAGCUGUUCGCUCGUCCAUUGAGGCAAUCAAAAAUUCAUGGUCGAGCCAAGGUAAACGCGUUUUGGCUCUCGCUCGAAGGUCUCUUUCUGGUAGCACGAUGCAAUCAAACCCAGAAGACAAUACCUUCGAAAAGGAAGCUCUUGAAUUCGCCCGUACCGACCUCACGCUCAUUGGACUUGUCGGCAUUGUGGACAGUCCGAGAGAGGAGGUUCCCGGUGUGAUUGAGACCCUGCAUCGGGCCGGUAUCCGCACUGCCAUGGUUACAGGAGAUUUUCAACUCACAGCUCAAGCUAUUGCUCGUUCUUGCGGCAUCAUUAGUGUUUCGGACUCUGAGGUCCAUAGCGUCAAGAAUCUCCCCCGCGUACCUCCCAGCAUCGAACCCAAGAAGAAUACCAAGUCUAAUCAUCUCCCAAGCGAAACCAAGGCGAUUGUCUUGACAGGUCAAGAUCUGAUGACGCUGCUUCCGCACCAAUGGCACACUUUGGUAACGGAAUACUCAGAGAUAGUAUUUGCUCGAACUACACCGGAGCAUAAACUUCAAAUUGUACGAGAAUUCCAGUCACGGUCUUACGUUGUGGCCAUGAUUGGUGAUGGUGUGAAUGACGCCCCAAGUUUGAAGCAGGCGGAUAUUGGUAUUUCACCUGCAUCUGGCUCCGACAUCGCCAUCGAGGCCGCAGACAUGGUCUUGCUAGAUACAUUCUCUGCUAUUCCAGAGGCUGUGCUCUAUGGUCGCGUAGUCUUUGACAACCUCAAGAAGACGAUUGCAUACCUACUGCCGGCGGGUUCUUGGUCAGAAUUUUGGCCAGUCUUUACCAAUGUUGCCUUUGGUCUGCCCCAGAUCUUGUCGUCAUUUCUCAUGAUUAUUAUAUGCUGCUUCACAGAUUGUGCUACCGCAAUUUCCUUAGCUUACGAGAAACCCGAGGCCAAUCUCAUGCUUCAGCCGCCUCGAGAUGUUGUGAAUGAUCGUCUCGUCGACUGGAAGCUACUCCUUCAAGCUUAUGGCUUUGUUGGUACAUUGGAAACAGUUCUCUCCUUCACCAUGUCGUACUGGUACCUCCAGCGAAAUGGUUUGACCUUCUCAUCGUUGUGGUUCUCGUUUGGAUCAAUUCCCACUCCCGAUGGACAGAGUGCCGAUGAUGUCAACAUGCACCUUACAGUUGCAUCCUCAGUCUACUUUAUAACCCUAGUGGUCAUCCAGUGGUUCAAUGCAAUGGCACUACGCACUCGCCACCUCUCCAUCUUCACCCAUCCACCAUUGUUCAAUUUGAAAACUCGAAACUGGCUUCUUUUCCCCGCCAUUUUAUUUUCGCUCGUCAUCGCUUUAAUAUUCACAUUGGUUCCUGAUAUUACAUAUCUUGGUUGCGCCCCAGUUCCAGUAGAGCACUGGUUUAUUCCCAUGGCUUUAGGACUUGGCCUCUUGUGCAUUGACGAGCUCAGAAAAAUGAUGAAGAGAAGAUAUCCUGGGGGACUCAUUGCGAGAUGUGCUUGGUAG